AUGUGCUGCACCAGUUGUGGGCGCCCACGCAGCUUUUGUGGAUAUGUCAGGGUGACGGUGGUGACGCCAGCUUAUUUUAUCUAUCUUGUAACUUGCCUGCGUGAUGGAAUUGCUCGUGACUCAGGCGUAUCGACGGACAAUCUGAUGCAAGACAAGCAAGAGCUGGAGGAUAUCAACAAGAAACAGGAGGCGAUGAUUCAGAGGUUACAGAAAGACAAGCAGGACUUGCAAGAAGCCAUCAAAGCCCUGAACCAGGGCGUGUGUCCAGCUGCAACAGUUGCCGGGGACCGGUCUGAUGAAGAGGCGCUCAGAGGACAGCAAUCGGAAUCUGACCCCGACAGGCAUGUCUCAGACGCCCAGCGUGCGCUUGAACAACGCAUCGAGACUAUGCUGAAUUUGGACAUGGACGCCUCCCUUUUUGUGGACAAGAAGCGGGCGACAAACAAUGCAGACAGGCCCGUUUCUGGGGGUUACGGACGGCUCUUUGAGGCUCGACUCGCCGGGCACAAAGUGGCGCUGAAGGAGGUGGAUCUAUCGCGCAAGCCGAGGCUCAAGGAAUUGCUGGAUGACGAUCUUGGUGCCGCCGAAGACAAAGAGAAGUGGGUGCGACGAGAGCUGCUUAUCUUCGCUUCCAUGCGGCACCCGAACAUCGUGACGUUUCUCGGCCUGUGUUACGAUGACAAGAGCAGGACAAUGUCGGUCGUCCUGAGCUGGGCAGACAACGGCUCCUUGUACGACUUCUUGCACAUCGACAAGAAGCAACUGCAGGAAGUGGACAAAAUGCGCAUCUUGACCGAGACAGCGGGCGCGAUGGAGUUUUUGCACGCGCACAAGAUCGUACACAGAGACCUCAAGUCGGCCAACAUAUUGCUGGAUGCAGCGUGCACGGUCAAGGUCACAGACUUUGGGUUGAGCACGAUCAGGCCUGCCGAUCGUUCAUCUGUUUCUGUUGUUCGGGGAACACUUUAUUGGGCAUCCCCGGAGCAGCUUCUCGAAACGAAGGUGCGCGCUGACACGGACGUCUUCUCGUUUGGCUGUGUGAUGUGGGAGGUGUGGUUUGGCGUCAUCCCUUGGCACCACGGAGAAUACGCAGCGAACGGUGGUGCUUCCUUCAUCAAUGUGACCGACAGCUAUCGCGCUGGUCGCCACUUGCCGCUGGACCACACGGUCACCGGGCAGGCGAUGCCAGAGCUUCUUGAGGCCCUGGUCGGUCUCUGCUUUGCUGUCAGCGGUAGCCGGAUUAACUUUGCGCAGCUUCACGCGACCUUGAGGGUUCAGCACGAGGAUGCAAAGCAACAACAUGCUGCGGUCAAGAAGAAGCGACAGCAACGAUUGGAAUUGGAACGGAGGCAGCACCAGUUGCUUCGAGAACAGCAACUGAUGCUGCAAGGCCCACCAGACGCUGCCUGGAAGUUCAAGCCAGAGUUGCGGAAUGCCUUGGAGCGUGUGGCAACCACCUUAUCCUUGCGUGCAUCUGUGCAAAUCGCUCCGCUCAACCUAGCGAGCCACACCAAACUCAUCAAAACGCUCUUGUGCCAGGCUGGCGGACGCACUGCUGCAGAGACAGAUCCCCUCAUCCCGUUUGGGUAUAACGUCCAUGCUGCUGCCAUCACGUGGUGCGAUCAGAAGUUGGCCGCUUUCAACGGCGCCAUUGAUGGCAGUAAAGCCCGCUACCGCAACCACCUGGCAGAUAUCACCCAUACGUUUUCACCCAAAUACGGCAGGCACGGGCCAGAAUUCACCAGAGAAGAGGACUAUGUGGUCGCCCGUGUCACUCGACAAUCCCACUAUGACCUGCUUGACACGUCGUUGAUGACAAGAGACCCUCAAAUUCGUCUGCAGCGCGUGUUUCACGGCGUCAAGAACUUUGGAGCUGCGAUUGAUAUUCUGGGUGGCGAUUUCGCCCGCCUCACAGACACCGCUCUGGCCACAUUCAUUACCAAGCAACGGUUUGUGCCUGCAGACUGGUACGGCGCCGGUUUCUACUUCACGCCAGACCUUGACUACGCGCUUGCAUACACAAGACCUUGCACAUACAGCAGUAGCAAGCACCACGACCUCAAGUGCAUGAACCUCCGCUCAGGAAAGGAGUACCGUGUCGUGCUGGUUUGCGACAUCCAGUACGCCAACCCCUACCCCGUGUUGGGCGUCAACCUCUCUGGGCUUCCGCUGCGCGCUGGUCAUGACGCCCACGUCGCGGUCGUCGACUUCACCUCAGGCGACAUCGACGAUGGCAAGCCGUUUGGCACCUUCAAGCAGUGGGAUGAGCCCGGCCACAUUCCCGUGGCUGAGAUUGCAAUUGACGACCCCGCGUGCGUUCUGGUGCGCGCCAUUCUCGUGUUUGAUGCCGAAACAACACCACGCACGCCCCAUCAUGGUGACGGGCCUGGCUCAGCAUCAUCCACGAGUGCCAAGUCGGAUCAAUAGCAACACGCCUUUCCGUGUCCCUGUCAAAAACAAAAAAAAAAAAAAAAAGCAUGAGCAAUAUCGCGCAGAGAAAAAUGCUGAUGUCGUGCUUUGUUGCGCUUCCUCUUGCUUCUGUCCAUAGUCCAGCGAUGGAUUUUGGGCUUGAGCCUCCCUUGCCCAAUUCGUGAC